AUGACUUGGGCAUCACGGGUCAAGCAAGCGUUCUCCUCGCGAGAGGCCUUCAUUAAGGCCAUUGAAACGAAAGAGGUUGACGGAGAGAAUGCAACUUAUAAUGAGGAUUUACUUCCAACAGAACCCGAGCGGCGGUCAUGGGCAUGGAUUCACUUCUUCACAUACUAUCUUACGACAUCUUUCUCGCCGACAAGUUAUAAUCUCGGUGCCUCUCUAGCCACCAUUGGCCUGACGUGGUGGCACACCCUUAUUGCCGCGGUGAUAGGCUCUAUCUUCCUUUCCAUUAUUGUCGUUCUCAACUCUCGCGGUGCCACGCAAUACCAUGUCGGAUUCCCGGUCAUUGCAACAUCAGCCGGAGGUCCACGAGGCUCCAAAUUCUUCAUUUUCAUCCGUGGUGCAGUGGCCGUCAUCUACUUCUCCACAAACCUCUACUACGGUGGAAUGUUGAUGGCCAUCGUGCUGCGGUGUAUCUUUGGCUCGGCAUGGGAAAGCAUUCCCAAUCAUCUUCCGGCCGAUGCAGGCAUCACCAGCGCAAAUCUUCUGGCCUUCUUCAUCUUCUGGUUCUUCCAGAUGUCUUUGAUGUUUGUGCACCCCGUCGUUCUGAGACACAUCUUCGUCGUCAAGGCGUUCUACAGCACUGUUGCUCUGAUCGCCGUCCUCGGCUGGGCCGUUCACCAAAAUCACGGCUCCCUCGGUAGCUUCCACUUCGAAGGCCAGGCAGUGCUGUCAGGCGCGCAACUGAUCUGGCCCAUGAUUUCGGCUAUCAACUCUAUCUGCGCUGCUCUGUGUCCGAUUCUGAUCAAUCAGCCUGAUAUUGCGCGAUAUGCUAAAAGACCGUCGCAAGCCACCUGGUCCCAGAUCUUGGGAAUCUUCGUCAGCAAGAUCCUGAUCAUGUUCCUCAGUGCCGGAACUACCAGUGCCACCCAGGGAUUCCUGGGCACGUCUUACUGGAAUGUGUGGGAUCUCUACAACGCAAUCCUGACAACCUACUGGGGACCUGGUGCUCGUGCUGGUGUUCUAUUCGCUUGUUUGGGCAUGGUGCUCGCUAUCCUGGCCUCUAAUGCCGGCACCAACGCGCUCCCUGCGGGCGCUGACAUGACGGGUCUCCUGCCACGCUUUAUCAACAUUGUCCGUGGACAGGUCAUUUGUGGUCUUUUGGGUCCUCUACUGUUCCCCUGGAAGAUUAUCGCCGAUGCCAAAAGUUUCCUGACCUUCCUGUCCUCAUACGCCGUCUUUUUGAUGCCCAUCUGUGGUAUCAUGGUGGUUGACUACUGGCUCGUUCGUCGUGGUAACCUGCACGUCCCGUCGCUCUACAACCGUGAUGCGGACUCUCCUUACUCAUACUGGAAGGGAUGGAACUUGCGCGCCAUUGUUGCCUGGCUCGCCGGUACCGCAUUCGUUAUCCAUGGUGUCGCUGGUGCUUUGGAACCUAGCCUCACAAACCAGGCUAGCAAGGACAUGUACAAGCUUGGAUUCUUGUUGAGCUUCCUCGUUGGAUCAUUGGUCUACUAUCUCGCCUGCCUGAUCUUCCCUGUGCCAAUGUAUCCUGAGAGCGGCCGGGACAUGCCCAAGACAUUCGAAUAUAUGGCAGCUUCUGAGGGUUUCUUCGAGGGUGAGAGCGUUGAUACUAUCCGGAUUAGUCACGGCGCUAUCACUGGGAUCAAUGGUGAUACAGAAAAGGAUUCUGCGAUCACAUCGGAAAAAGAGAUUUAUGUAUAA